AUGGCGCCUAAUACUCCCAUCGGGUACAUCGUCCAAUUUCAAGCCUCAGAUGGAAGCCCAAUUGAUGGCAACACAAUUAUUACUCCGUACAACAAUAAAGCUCAGAUGAACCCCUCGGCCCAGCUUAAUGGUACUUCCGGAAGACAAGCCAAGAAGCGGCCUAACCUCCCCAAGGUUCGGUCCGGAUGCGUAACUUGCAAACGAAGGCGAAUCAAAUGUGACGAGCGAAAACCCGAAUGCAAUCGAUGUCAGGUGUUUGGCGUGGCAUGUGAAGGAUAUGGCGUUCGUAUCUCUAUAAAUCGACGUAAACCCGACCCUAAACCGCUUCUCCCUCGCACUGAUGAGGUAUCGCCAAUAUCGUCAUCGCCUCAGUCAUCUCACUCACAACAACUAUCGUCACAUUCCUCGCCGUCGAUGAGACUGCCCUUCCGAGAUGAAUCUGAAGAACGAUAUUUUCGAACAUAUUUGACUAAGACAAGCAUAUCCGUGACUUGGAGUCGAAGUCGCGUCUUUCCUUCGUCGUUAUGGGAUCGCAUCAUUAUGCAAGCUGCACACGAUGAAUCCUAUCUUCGGGAGAUGCUAGUCGCAAUUGGUUCAUUUGCUGAAUCCAAAGAUGUCCAAUCGAGGGGAUACGCGGAUGAAGCAGUGCAAAUGCGAGUUUUUGCUGUCAAGAGAUAUGGGCUUGCCCUUCGUUCAAUGAGUGUUGGAUUGUCUAAACUAGAAACCAGUGAAGGUCCAAGGAAGGCCUUGAUCGGUUGCCUUUUAGUUUGCUGUUUUGAAUGGUUGUUAGGAAAUGACUUUACUGCUCUUGAACAUGCUAGAAGUGGUGUUAAAAUACUGCGCCAGUGGCUAAGAAAUUAUAGAGGUAAAAAUUACAAAGCAGGUCUCUGUUCUCCGGACUCUAGGAUGAUCGAGGACGAAUUAGUUCAAGCCUUCCUUAGGCUUGACAAACAAGUUGCAACAUUUGGAGACCCUGGAACGAGUGAAGAGCACAAGGAGACAAUAUACGAAUCAAUCGGAACAAUACAAGACAUGCCCAGCAUUUUUCCAGACUUACAGGAAGCCCGCUUAUAUCUAGAGCUAAUCGAGAGACGAUCGAUACAUUUUGGAUACCUAGCAGCUGAAUGUGCCGCUGCCGCCAGAAACACUGAUCCUUCCACUGCAAUCAUAGUAACGAAUGGCUUUAAAGAGGAAAAUAGCCUGCCUGAAUUAGUGGACAUAAAGGCCCUUAAAUACGGAAUCACACAAUCACUUAUCAGAUGGACAUCAGCCUUCGAUUUGUUCUGUUCUGAUAUCCCACCGCUUGAGACUGAUCAGAUUGCCGGAGCCAAUCUAUUAAGAGCGCAGAGCAUCGCGAUGGAUAUAAUUAUGAAAAUUGCGCCAGGCGGUCCGCCACCAGAUCACGACGCAAUCAUUCCGGAGUAUCAAAGUAUAUUGGCUAUUACUGAGGAGAUUCUUACCGAGACAAAAGACCAACGACAACUUGGGAAUUUUAAAUUCGAACAAGGUGUCAUAAUGCCUCUACACAUUGCCGCAAAAUGGUGCCAUGACCCCACGAUCCGGAGUCGGGCAAUAGAACUUUUGAGAUCGUAUAGAGAUAGUGAUGGGGAACCGAUGAGGGAGGGAGUGUGGGAUAGCGAAACGUUUGCAGAAUGGGAUGAAUGUGCAUCAGAGAAGAAAGAAGGUUCGGUAUGGGGAGAUGGCUCGGAAAGGAUUGGAGAUGGCCACAUGCGGAAUGCGGCGAAGGAUAAAAAUCAAAUUUUCAGAUUGAUUGGAUCGGUGAACUGGGAGAGGAGGUCCAGUAGUGGAAGUUCGAGGAGUGAUUUGGGACGGGGAAUGAGCGGUAGUCCUAAGAGUGAUAUGGGACGGGGAACGAGUGGUAGUCCUAGGAGUGAACAAGGGCAAGGAAGGACGGGAAGUUGUGUGGAAUUGGGGGAUGCGGAGGGCUGGGUCGAGGAACUGCCCGUUAGAGCAUCCCCUUGA